AAAACAAAAACCCUUAACUGAAGUCGUCCAGCAGGAAAACACAAACAUUUAUUGAACUUUAUUGAUCGGCCGCAGCUGUAAAACACUGAUAACUGUCACUGAUCGAUAUUUCCAGCCCUUUGAGUCUGAUUGGAAAGAGUCCGUAAAUACUGACCCUCCAUCCAGAUAUAACGAGGCACAUAUGGCCUCCCAUCAUGAUGCAGUAGCGCAUUAGAGCUUCUCCGACUGUCUGUUUGACAGGAUGAGCAGCAGUUGUUUGAUCUUAACACAAAGCUUCACGCAUGAGCGGAUCCGCGUGUCUAAUGGGUCGAGAGGAACAGGAUGAGUCCGUAUAAAAGGCUGUAAAGUGGGACCCUGGUGCAUUCACACACCGGGCAGAGGGAUUAACGUCGCUGCUGGAAGGAAAAGAAGAAAAGGCUACAACCAUGAGAAGCGUCCACUCCCUGGCUGGCAUCCUCCUGGUCCUCGGCUUCGUCCGGAGCAGCUGGCAGCUUCCUCUGCUGGAGGCCGACGACACCACCAGUUUGGAGGCGGCCGACUCGUUAGCUGGCGAGUCCAGAGAGCAGCCGAGCAUGAAGAGGCAUUCAGAGGGAACGUUCUCAAACGACUACAGCAAAUAUCUGGAGGACAGGAAGGCGCAGGACUUUGUUCAGUGGCUGAUGAACAACAAGAGGAGCGGAGCUGCAGACAAGCGGCAUGCAGACGGGACCUUCACCAGCGACGUCAGCUCCUACCUCAAGGACCAGGCCAUCAAAGACUUCGUGGCCAAACUCAAGUCUGGACAAGUUCGAAGAGCUGGGGGGGUGACUGACCGCGGUGGGCAGUGUUUACAUCCUGUCCCUGUGUACACACUCAGAUCGGAGAGGCAUGUUGAUGGAAGCUUCACCAGCGACGUCAACAAGGUGCUGGACGCCAUGGCUGCCAAGAAGUAUUUGCUCUGGGUCAUGACCGCGAAGCCUUCGGGGGAAAGUAAGAAAAGACAAUGGGACCAAUGAAUCUUGCGCAGGGGUCCCUCUGUGCUGCACAGGGAGCCAUGUUGAGGAGGAAAAGGAAGCCAUAUUGAUUUGCAUGUUAAUAGAAAAGUUUCUGACUUGAUUAUGAAUGUAAUGCAAAGAUACAAAAACUGCAUCUCUUCCACAGAUAUAUGGAGCACAAGGGAAGGCUCGGCUUUUUUCUAGACAUGUUUUCUAUAUUUCUAAGUUUAAACAUGAGCACAGGCUCAUUCUCAGGUCGGCCUACGGAGGCGAUGUAGACCAGCAUGAAUA